AUGUGCCAUAUUACUGGUCGUAAUUUUCCACAUUUUGGACCAUCUUGGAUUAAUCUUUAUGGAACUCCACGAAUCUAUACAUAUGCACAAAUGUUACAGCCAGAAGUAGAAUUAAAUCAAGCACUUGGAGAAGGAGUUGCCUAUCGUGGUCGACUACUUCUAGCUAUACGAUCAAUGGAAGAUGAAGAUGUAGUUCGAAUUGGUACUAGUAAAGUUGUUGCAAGUCCUGUUUCAGAGACUGUAGCUGGGAAAAAAAGUUUAUACUUUUUAUUUGCUUGUUUCUCUGAAGCAAGUGUAAUUGAGAAAAAACUUGGUGUUAAGAAUAAACCAAUCUCUUAUGAAAUCAGUUUUGGAUUAUAUGGUAACCAACUGGAUGGAAAACGAGGUGGAGUUGAAUUACAGACAAUAGAACUUGCACAACCAAAUAAUAUACGAGAACGAGUAGACUGGUGUUAUUCAACCACAACACCACUGAAUCCAACAACAGAUGAUAAAGAAUAUUAUUAUUUAAACUUUGGUAAUAAAAAACCAUGUUUAUAUUUAACUGGUUAUUAUGAAGAUCAUCGUUCCAGAAUGUGUAUACCAAACAUUUUAGAGAAAUUAAGUGAAGAAUUGUAUUAUCAAAUACAACGUGUUAAGCACUUGUUUAUUAGAAGGAAGAUAACCGAAGCUAAAAAUUACCUACGUACAGUUUUUUUGACAAUGGCAAAAAAAUUCAGUUUAGCUCAAGAAUCAAUUAAAUCAUGUCGUGAUACUGCCAGUACAACAUUACUUGAUCGAGAAUAUUCACGUAGAAUACGUCGUGAUUUAAGAAGAAUGGCUAUGUUAAUGAUUCAUUUAUCAAAACAUAUACACAGAAAUACAUUGGGUGAAAAAAUUAAAGAUGCCAAUGCAUUACACAAACGUUUGUGUAAUUUAAGUAAUUGUCCACAAGAUGGUUUACCGGAUGUUUUUAUUUCAAUGAUAUUGGAACAUCAAAGAGUUGGUUUUGUUAGAAUUCCAGCACGAGAUAUAUAUUAUUCAGCUGUAGAUUGUGAAAGAGGCAAAUGGAGUGGACAAAUGGCAACUUUAUACUUACGUAAACAAGGUCGUGAGGGUGUUGGACCUAAAGGAUGGAGAAUUCAAAGUCAAAUACGUGUGUAUUUAUGGCUUGGUUUAAUUAAAGAUUUUACUGCUUACACAUUUGGUUUACCUGGUGGAUAUGAUAAGAAUAUAUUUAAAACACCAAAACCACCAAAUGAAUUAAUUUAUCUAGAAAGUAGUCGUUUUCAGUUCAGAUGUUAUAUAUUCAUUGCACGUGAUCUAAUAGCCUCUGAUUCAUCUGGUAUGUCAGAUCCAAUGGCAAGAGUUCUUAUUGGACCACAUGUUCUUCAAACACAAGCAUUAUAUCAAACUAUGAGUCCAAUGUGGGAUGUUGUCUUAUAUAAACAAGUAACAUUUUAUCAAAACGCUCAAUCAGUAAAACAAAAUCUUCAAGAGGUUAUUGUAGAAAUAUUUGAUAUUGAUCCAGGAAAUGAUUUAGAAUUUAUGGGACGUUGUUUUUGUGAAGUAAAUGUUACUUUGGAUGGUGAAAAGUAUAAACCACCACGUUUACAAUGGUGGCCAAUAUUUCGAGGACAAACUCCUGGUGGAGAAUUACUUGCUGCUUUUGAUCUAAUUCAGGAUGAUCCUCAAGUGCCAUAUGAAAAUUUACCUACUUUUGAAGAAUUAGCUGCAUACACAAAAGAAUUUGAUGAUCGUGUUAUAUUAAAAAGUAUUCCAGGAAUGUACUUAGAUGAUGAAGAUGAUUUAAAUAAAGACUCAGAUGAUGAUGAUAAUGAUAAUGAAUUGGAUACAGUUGAUGAAUUUGAUGAUUUAAUAUUUGAUGCUGAUUCUAAGAAAACAAAUCAAAUUGGUAUGGCACCACCAAAACUUGUUUUAGUUAGACGAAAAGGGGAUUAUCGAAUACCAGAUAAUAUUAGACCACCUUUACAACGAUUUAGAAUGGAAGUUAUGUUUUGGAGUGUAUGGGGUAUGGUGCGUCAACAUUUAUUACCAGUGAAAAGACCACGUGUAGUCGUUGAAAUUGGUGGACAUAAAUUAGAAUCUGAAAUCAUCAAUGAUUUAUCUAAAAUGCCACUUUUCGAGACCCCAUUGAAAGCGAUGGAUAUUUAUUUACCCGUAGAUGAACGUUACUGGCCACCUUUAGUUUUUACAUGUUUUGAUAAUCGUAUACUUGGUACAAAGAUCACAAUUGGAAGUCAUACAAUUUCUAAUGCACGUGAUUAUUUAGUGUUUGAUAAUGAUAAUCAAUCAUCUGAUAGUGCAAGUACAAUAUAUAUGGAUAGUGAAUCAGAUAGUCCAAGGAAAUUAAAUUUUAACUUUGAUAAAACUGAUUAUUUUAAUGAAGAUGGACCAAGUCUAGAAAUGUUAACAAACCCUUCCAUACCAGCAGCAGCAACAACAACAAUGGACCAACUUCAAUGA